AUGGAAGCUGCACAUUUUUUCGAAGGGACCGAGAAGCUGCUGGAGGUUUGGUUCUCCCGGCAGCAACCUGACUCAAACCAAGGAUCUGGGGAUCUUCGCACCAUCCCAAGAUACAAGUGGGACAUACUUUUGAAGGAUGUGCAAUGUUCAGUCAUAAGUGUGACAAAAACUGACAAGCAGGAAGCUUAUGUACUCAGUGAGAGUAGCAUGUUUGCCUCCAAGAGACGUUUCAUUUUGAAGACUGGUACCACCCUCUUGCUGAAAGCACCGGUUCCCCUGUUGAAACUUGCUAGGGAUUACAAUGGGUUUGACUCAAUUCAAUGCUUCUUUUAUUCUCGUAAGAAUUUCAUGAAGCCCUCUCACCAAGGGUACCCACACGGGAAUUUCCAGGAAGAAAUAGAGUUUCUUAAUGCAAUUUUCCCAAAUGGAGCUGCAUAUUUUAUGGGACGCAUGAAUUCUGAUUGUUGGUACUUGUAUACUUUGGAUUUCCCAGAGAGUCGAGUAAUCAAUCAGCCAGAUCAAACCCUGGAAAUUCUGAUGAGUGAGCUUGACCCAGCAGUAUGGACCCAGUGCUGCAUGAAAGAUGGUAUUACUGCAAAGGAUGUCACUCAUGAGAGUAGAAUUCGUGAUCUGAUACCAGGUUCUGUCAUUGAUGCCAUACUGUUCGAUCCUUGUGGGUAUUCAAUGAAUGGAAUGAAAUCAGAUGGAACUUACUGGACUAUCCACAUCACUCCAGAACCAGAAUUUUCUUAUGUUAGCUUUGAAACAAACUUAAGUCAGACCUCCUAUGAUGACCUGAUCAGGAAAGUUGUGGAAGUCUUCAAGCCAGGAAAAUUUGUGACCACCGGGUUUGCAAAUCAGAGUUCUAAAUGUCACACAGUGCUUUCUUUGCCGCAGAAGAUUGAAGGUUUUAAAGGUCUUGAUUGCCAGAGCGCUCUAUUCAGUGAUUACAAUUUUGUUUUUACCAGUUUUGCUAAGAAGCGGCAACAACAGCAGAGUUGA